GAUGUCAUUGAAGUUUGAUGAUUGUGUAUGUCAAUGUUGUAUGUGCCAUUGCAAGUUGUAUUACGACAUCAAGUCAGGCCAAACUUAUGUAGAAAGCACAUUUUAAAACAAAGGUAGUCGAUAAAAGUGUGUGUGUGUGUGUGUGUGUGUGUGUGUAUGUGCGCGCUGCUUUAAAUAAAGCGCCACAUAUCCUUUAAAUAAAUGUGUAUUCAAUCUAUCCAAUACUGAUGUCAAUAUAUUUGAGGAUGUCUAUAAUAUCUUACCCCUUUAGAAAUUGAAUAUUAUAUUUAUUCUUGUUGUUAUUCUUAUUAUUUUAUUAUUAAAUUGCGGAGGCCUAUACUGGUCAUCAGCUGCUGCAUUUCAAGCUUUUUUUAAAUACUUAUUUUUCUUAUCAAUUUAGCUGAUCAAUUGUAAAUUUAGUGUGAAAUUACAUUCUACCUUAUGGAUAAUAAUUUAUGACAAAUUAUUAUUCCAGCAUUGUAACAGAUAUUGUUAUUGAUAUUGGUUGGGUAUAUACGGAACUGGUGGUGGGUGAAACGUGUUUUCAAAGACGUGCAUAGCGGAUUUGUGAAGCUGUGUGGCGCUCAGUUGACUCUGGGUAGGAGAAGGUUAAAUUCAAAGUUGCUGCAGGAGUAGUCCUGUGGAGCACAUCGCUUCCUGUCAUCCUGCCCUCCUCAGCAGACAGUCGCACUCUCUCGCUGCGGUCGGAGAGCGUUUCUUUGCCGCGGCCAUGGAAGGGCAUCCCACCAGCAGGAGCACCGCCGGAGAGGACCGGGAUGUGUUCGUCCCACAGGAAGACUGACUAUGCUGGCUGGAUGGGUCAAUGGUGGGGAAAAUGACUGACUCUUGAUGUUGACCAGUCCACAACAGAAGAACAACAGGAGGUGAUUUUAACCAAAUAUUUGACCAAUACCAUGACUGAAUUAGAGGCCUCGGGGGUGGGGGAGCAUACCCCUCCCUACAUGAUCUUUCUGGUGGUGUUCCUCUUCUUCAUCACCGGUCUGCUGGGUUUCCUUGUCUGCCACCUGCUGAAGAAGAAGGGCUACCGCUGCCGAACAGGAGACAUUGACGAUGCAGAAGAGGAAGAGGAGAAAGUUGGAGGAAAUGCAGAUGAUGAGGAUGAAGAAAACCAGGAUACAGUAGAGCAAAUCCUCAAGUGCAUCAUCGAAAACGAAGCGAACAUGGAAGCCUUCAAUGAGAUGUUGGGAAACCACAAUAUCUGUGUGCGCCAUGACCCCAGGUUGCAUAAGGAGUCAAUUGGUGGUGUCCCUCCCCAUCACCACACAGUCCACUCAGGCACCGACCACAACUCCUGCCACCUCUGUGCUCAGGUUCGAUCUAAAAAGGGCCGCCGACAAAGCAGAACUCCCCGAUUCAAACAACGGCCUGGAGAACAGACGGUCUUCUCUGUUGGCAGAUUUCGGGUGAUACACACUGAUAAGAAGCUCCAUGGAGGUCCCAAUCCUUUGGUCAGUUCAGGGGACCAGCUGGACCAAUCCCAGGAUAGCGAGGAGCAGAAGGAGGGCGUGUAUAACCUGAGGAGCAUGUUCAAAGAUGUCCGACCUUUGUCAGAGAGAACCAAUGGGGUUGUCCCAAAUGUGGGGAAAAGAAGGAAGAGUGUGACCAUUUUUGGGCUGAGGCGGGGUAGUGACCCAGUUGGCAUUAAAGGUGUGGAGUGGGCAGGGAGGGAGGCUGGAGGUGUUAAAUCUGCUAGUCAGAAGCCACCUGUAGUGCUGGAGGAGCUGGUGCAGGUAGAUAAUGUUGAGAUGUCCCCUAAAUGUGAUAAUAGACCUGGUUCCACACCUGAAGCUGAGGUCACACACUAUCAAAUGCCUUCUUCCCAAAGUAAGAAACAGCCUUGCGACUCUAGCUCUGCUCCUGAACCUUGUACAAACCCUAUGAUCAAUCCCUUUGUUGGGAGUACUGAAAAAUCUCCCCCCAUCACUCUUCUCAUUUCAUCUCCAAAUUUGUCCAGACAGACAUUUAUGACAACAGAGAAACAGGGACAUGUUGCAGACAGUGCGUCAAAAAAUGAAGGGGAUUAUGAUCCCGGGCCUCUGCAGACCUCUACACCAAUUGUCUCCAUUACAGGAUCCAUACCAAGUUUCACUCCUGUCAUUCCUACUGAUCAUUCAAAAUCCUGUUCUAGCACAGUUUUUCCAGUCAUACAGACCCCCCCUGACCCAAACUUCAGCCCUAAUAUGGAAGCAGGAUUUGGUGCUGGCCUAGCUUUAACAAGUUUAGGCUCAUCUCCUCAGUCUUCAUCCCAAAUCAAGACCCCAUCUUCAAUCUCUUUGUUAAAAACUCCUACCUCACCCCAGGCUGUCAUGUCAAGACCUGCACUAAACUCAAGAAAUACACCACCAGAGGUUACAAAAACUCCCUUUCCCCCUGUCCUCACCCAAAGCCCGAAACUCUUGUCAUGUCAAGGAAUGUCUAGCCAAUCCUCUGUUGAAUCAAAUCCUUUAGAAGCCCAAACUCUCUCACCCCCUCUUAGUGGUAGCCCCGCACUUGACACCAUUCCUGUAUCAUUACAGACCUAUUCUCCUACAGCUGACGAAAAACUAUCCCUCAGAAGUUCACCUCAUCUGACUUUGAAGUCGAGAAGUAUCAUGUCUGUAACAUCUACAACCAAAGAGGAUAUGGUUUCAAGCCCAUUAUCUAUAGAGGAUCAAGAUCAAGCAGUAGCAGGAGUCGCAAAGACAGAAGUAAAGAAGGUUGGGACACUUAAAACAGCUGAACUUUUACCUUUUGAGGGAGAUCUUAAGGGUUCUGCCCUUUCCUGUUCCUCUGAUCACCUUUGUAAAGAUAGACUGACCAGUUUGCCUCUGUCACCCUUGAGCCCAUUGUCUCCCUCCUCCUCUGUAGUAAGCAGAAUAAGUAGUGUGGCAAUCGUAAAAGCCAGCCCCGACAGCAAAAGAGAGUUUUCUGUUGUCACAAUGUUAGAAAAUAAAGAAUUAUCUACAUUAAUAAAAGACCAGAAAGAAGAAAACUAUGAACUUGGGGCUGAACUUGAAAAAGUGGACAUUAGUUCAGCGGUUGGUCAGGGAGAAACUGGACAACCUGAGAGUCAAAGAGGAAAGACUGGGCCGAUGUUGAGCCAAGAGAAAGAUGACAUGAUGGAGAUGGAAGAUAUUAGAGACUGCAAAGUGCAAGAAGCAAAGAGAGUGGAGAAGAUGGCACACUCUCAGUUGAAACAGGACUAAGACAUGAACUCUCAAGACAGUGAAAAGUUCAAGCCAUUAUUUAAUGAUCCAAAGAAAGAAGUGAAGCAUGGCACCACUAUAGGAAAGGAAAAGUGUUGAUAAUAAAAUGAAUUAUGAA